UUUGACUCUACUGCGGUACGUUGUAUGGGAAACGAAGGAUUCUGUUGCGAUGGGGGAUUUAGUAAAAUUUGUCCGGCAGCAGUUCUUUGACAACAACUGGACUAAAUCAGUUGAUUCAAAUUCUCUCAGUGAGGAAAAAUUGGAAUCUAUCGAUACCUCAUUCGCUCAUAUGGAUGUAAAGUCUAAAUUAUGUUUACUCUUAGCAUUCAGCAAUAUGAAGCAAAGCCCAGUCGAAAAGAUCAAUAAACACAUAGAAAGCAUAUUUCUUCAAGCCUUGGAUGAAGAAAAUAAUCUUGUUAAAGCUGUUGCUACAAUUUUGCACAGCAAACAAACUCUCAAUUACCUUAACUUUGAUAUUUCUCCAACAAAUGAAGCCUUUGGGAAGAACAUUGAUAAACUACUGAAGAGCGCGAAUAGCUGGAAUAUAGUAGAAACUCCUUUAUUAGCUGAAUACUUGGGUAGUAAUGUUCUCGAUACAUUUCUAAGUGUAAAAAAGAGUGAUUCAUCUGAAAAAGAGCCCAAUGAAUGUGGUUUCCGACGACGAGGAAAACUGGAAUCAGAACAUCUGAAAGAGACCUACCUUGAAAAACUAAAAGACGAGUGUCAACGAAGACGUGUUCACGUGCCAAUACCAGGUAGAAGUUUCGCUCGUCAAGAUGAAACAGAGGAGUUGAUCACUUCUGAAGAAGUCAACAAUUCAGGCAAUUCAACUAAUGUAUCACAAUCUGAUUCUACUUCAUCUAAGCGAAAAAGUACUUUCCCGCGUAUAUCUGAUCGUAAUUCUGCCAGACUAGAGUCUAAGCGAUCUCCAGUAUGGUCACGGAAUAAUUUAAAUAAAGUUGGGAAUAAUGGUGAAAAUAAGCCAAUGUCUAUCAGUGAUAGAAUCAACAAUAGGAGUUCUGCUAUGUCAGCAGUUAGGAAGCCUUCAGGAAUAAAACUGUUGGAAUUUGAUGAAUUACCUGCUUUCGGUCCGAAAGCUAAACAGCUACGUAAAGAAAAGGAACGUGAAGAAAGGUUAAAAUUGAAACAAGAGAAAGAAGAACGUGCACGUGAAAUGAAAGCUGCUCGUGAAGCUUCUAAACUUGCUCGCCAGUCUGAAAGACAAGCGCUUCUCGAGGCUCGUAAACAAAAUAUGCUCAAUUCAUCCUUAUGGUCAGUUAAUAAUCAUGAUGAAUUUUCAGAAAAUAUUAGAACUGGAGGAGGAAUACAAGGAGUUGGCGGUGGCGGGGCGGUGGCGGUGGUGGUGAUGGUAUGCCAGUAGUAUGUCGUACAUCAGAAUUCAUGAAUUUUAAUUCCACAUCUAUUUCUGCUGAAAACAGACAAUCUUUUACUGUUUUAUCGAAAAAUUUUGUUCAAAGUUCACAGCAAAGUGUUAGUAUGAGUAAUCGUGUACAGUACAAUUCUGGUAAUUUUGUCAAUUCUACAUCUAUGAUGAACUUGCAAAAUCGUCUUAUAUCUCCAAAAAUCAAUACUGACUUGAAACCUGUGAUUCAUCAUCCACUUUUGUCAGCCUCUGGUAAUUAUGUUGAAUAUGCAGAUGAUGAAGAAGAAGAAGACGAUGAUGAUGAUGACGAUUAUGAUAUGAUGCAGAAUGCUGAAUCUGGAACGUCAUGCGCAAUAGGAUUUACUAACAACUUAACAUUUCAGUGUUCUGUUCCUGCUGCUUCACAAGCUGGUGUCUACACCUUAAGUAGUAAUCAAUCAGAGUCAACUGACAAGCUGCCGGUCUCCAGUUUCCAACAGGCUCAGCAUGUUCAAUACCUUCCUUUCAGUAACCCUUCUGUAUCUCAUUCCUCUUCGAGUACUGUGUCUAUCGCACCGGCGCCUGUAAAUCAUAUCAGACUAAUUCGACCCAAUGUAUCGCAAUCAACUACUACUACAGGCGGGAUUAUCAAAGUUGUGAACGCGCCUUCAUCUGACACACCAGUUCGAAUAAUUUGUUUAAUGGAUCAAAAUACUUCUAAGCCUACACCGAAUGUUAUUAUGCAAUCGGGAAAUCCGUCGAAUACUGAUAAGUUAAACGAAAAUAUAGCUCAUGCGUCACAUGAAAAUCUUGCAAUGUCAUCAGAAUCACCAACGUAUCCUGUAUCUACAUCUGGUACGCAAAUGUUAUCACCUCAGAGAUUAGUAUCUAUCCCUUCUGAAUCGUCCCCAGUUAAAGUUAUCAAUAGUCCUGUCCAACCUAUACGUCCUCGUUCGGAUACUACAACUGGUUCAUUGGUGUGUAUUGCUCCUCGUCCACCGCGUAUAAUCCAGUUAACAUCAGCUAAUAGUAUGUUUGAAAAUACAGUCACUACUCAACCAAUUUUGAGUUCACCAGGUGCUGCUAAUCGAAUGUACCUAUCAACACCGGCGUAUCCUGCACAACAACAGCAGCAGCAGCAGCAACAACAACAACAACAAGUAGCAUCUGUUGGUGUCAUAAGACCAUCGAACUCUACAAUUGUAAUUGAUGGAAGACCUAUAGUAUUUGCGUCGCCUGCAACUCGUUUAACAUCACCACCAGCUGUUCCAGCUUUACGACCUCAACCAGUCCAACGGAUUAGUGUGGUAGCGUCGAGACCAACAGUACAAUCACCAACGAAUCAAACCUAUGUCCAAAUAUUACCACGGCCUACAGUGACUACAACUCAAGCCAGACCAACCAGUGUAGCUGUAUUGAAACCAUUGAAUCCAAGCAAAGUUCCUAUGGAUUCCACAGAUUUGACAUCAUCAUCGUCAACAUCAUCAUCAUCAUCAACGCAAAUUACUCCUACCACCCGUCAAGUUAUAGUAUCGAAUGCCUAUAACAACAUUAUUAAUAAUAAUAACAAUAAUGUAUCAAAUCCAUGUACCAUAGCUCCUGCAUCUAUUAUAACCAGUCUUUCAAAUUAUAAUUCAAAUCAACUUACUUCAGGUGUUAUAGUUUCACACGGAGGAGGAGCAGGAGUAGGAGGAGGAGGAGGAGGAGACGUUGUACAAUCUUCUCAACCGCCUUCAACGCCUAUUGUUACUGGUAAUAUUGUCGUCAGUAGUAGUACUAGCAGUACUAGUACUAGUGGUAGUGCUUCUACUACAAACUUAUCAUCUGUCAAAAUUCAAGAUGAUUUGUGCUUAACUGAAUCACAAUUGAGUGUUGUUCAAAGCUUAUUUCAAGAUGCAAAUCGUGUUACCCGACCUGAAAAAGCGAUGAUUAUUUCCUUCAUUGCUGGUUCACGAGACAAUCCACGUCCAGAAACUGGUCAAAUAACUCGUAUCCGUCUUAGUGAAUAUCGCGAACGUGUUCUCAACCAGAGUACUGGCCAGCUAAUGGAUUUAGCUGUAGACACUUAUCUAACUAUGGAUUAUUCAACUGGAAAGUAUGAAAAAGUCAAGUGUUAUCGUACUGAUACACCUGAAAAUCUUGUAAAUCUACCACCUGUUCAAAGUAAUGCCAAAGAUACAACCGCUUCAGGGUUUAUUGGCCCUUUAACACAAGCUGAAUAUGAACAACUUUAUCCGCGUAAUGAUAAACCUGACCUUCUGGCUGAAGUAGCCGCAGAAGAAAAUGAAUGGGUAGAAUUUGAACGUUUAGAUGAAAAAGAAGCUGUUCAAGCAGGCACAGCAGCUUGGGCUCCAUUGAAACCACCAUUCAUCGAUGCACAUUUCUCUAUUUGGUCGUUAUCAGAAUCAAUAAGUGCAAGUCAAUUAUAUCUGGGUGGAAAGUUACCGCCCCCGGUAACAGCUGAUUGGGGAAAGAUAUUACGACAAGAUUAUACAGCAGAUGAUUAUGAAGAAGAAAUUGAAUAUAUGCGUGCACGAGCUGAAAAUGAAUUGAAAUAUGAAAUUGGUGAAUUGUCACCUGUACGAUAUGCAAUUCAUGUUCAGGUUGCUUCAACAUAUUCUGAAAGUCUAAUGAUUUCUUCACUAGCUGAAGACUAUUACUGUAUAGCAGGUUAUGUUGGUUGGUGUGACUUGUCGGAUCCAAGUCUUUCGGAUCAUAUUCAACAAAUGAGUAAUGAUCCAUUGCUUGUCGGUUUACGUUAUGAUGUCAGUGAAAUGGAUGGUGAAUACAUAUUAGAUUCAAUGGUUGAUAGUAAUUUCGCGGCGAUUGAACAUCAACAACUUGUAUUCGAUUUAGCUGUUGGACCACAUCAGCUAAGACAUGCAUGUCAUUUAGCCUAUCGUCAUCCAAAGUUAAAACUAGUACUCAAUCAUUGUGGAUUACCUGUAGAAUUUACUGCAAGCAGACCAGAGGAAAAUUUAGCAUGGAAAAACUGGCGCUCUGAUCUGGAACUACUCAGUCGAUAUCCAAAUGUCUAUUGUAAAGUGACUGGUGCCACUGGUCGUAUACAAAAAUCUUCAACAACAUCAUCAUCACCUAAUGAUGACACGUCAGACGCUUACAGUAUUGAUCACUGGUGUGCCAGUUCAGCGUUAUCGCAUGCAAUCAGUUGUUUUGGCCCUGAUCGUUGUUUGUUCGGUUCAGGUUGGCCUGUCUGUCGACUGUUCAAGCCAAGUCAAACUGGUUGGCCAGAACAGGCAUCCGCUUCUGAUCUACACACCUACGAUAUACCUGGUGAGUUGGCGGCUAAACGGUCAAGACGAUCAGUUCCAUUGAAAGUUCUCAAUCUAUGGGAGACCGCUAGGCUAGUGGAGCAUGCAAUGGGUGAUGCUGGUUACGGUUCAGUUGAGGAUAAGGAGAAAAUAUUUUCUAAAAAUGCACAGAAGGUUUAUAGUCUGUCAAUUCGACCGUAUGGUUCGUGUUCAGAAUACAAGCCUAAAGAAUAAAAGCAGAUUGUAUGCAUAUAUACUGACAAAAUUGAAUUAUAUGAUAACUUUCGUGUACAAAGUGUAUAUUUUGACCACGGUGCAUUUUUUUCUUAGAGCUGCUAUUUGAGCAUGUUGAUUUUGUUGAUCUUCGCGAAAAUUAUUAUUCCAUUCAAUGUGUACAUACCCUUUUUGUAU